UGCCGACAGCGAUGACCGUCGCAGUCGCAGUGUGCAGAAAGCGCGCGUGGUGCGCGGUACGCCGCAAGAUGUUCGCGAGCAUGUUCGUCGCGCGGAUGCUCGCGCUCGUCGCACUAACCGGCACUGUCACCGCCAGAGCUAAGGUGGCGGACGCGAGGAUCUACGUUGACAUGGCCCCAGAUUCCGAGGAGUUGGGUGAGAUAGAGAAGAGAUACACCAAGGAGCUGGUGAAGGAACUGAAGUCUGCCAGCGAUGAUGCGCUGUUGCUCUUCAGUGAAUAUGCCUCCAGGUCGGGGGGAGAUCUGAAGAUAUUCUUAAAGAAUAUAUCCAUGCUGAACUCUGAUACGAAAAAUUCAAUGGAUCGAAGUUUACUGGAUAAUGCGCCGUCAUCAUGUCGGGUUCAAUUUGACGGUCGUCUGCGCAAGAUCGAAUUCGACGCACACCGCGCCGCCAGCUUCAACGCGGAGAACCACCACAAGUUCCUGCUCGCUCACAUGAUCGUGCUCAGGAUGCAUCUUAAUAAGAGUGAGGACUACAUAAAGAAAUGCGCGAAUAUUGUCCAAGGCUGUGGCAUACCUUGUGAAACGAUGCCAAAAGUGACACGGUGGCGCCGCCUAGCGUUGGAGGAGAUAAACCGCGUGCGCGACGACAUUCUGCACUCGCGCCGUUCCUACCGUGACCUGGUAUUGCACGGGCGACGCAGACAUAACCACAUACAACGGCAGGCAACCGCUAGAGCCGACGCCGCGGUCACUGAGCUGGCCGAAUGUACGAAGAAUGGAGGAACUCAGAACAAGGACGGAGAUAUUUAGAUUAAUUGAUCUAAUUUUAAUUUAUUAAAUAGUUUUUUCCAAUACGAACGCUUUGAUGACGAAGCCAUUUUACUCUAAAACAAAAAUAUCUGAAAAUU